GCGCUGCAGUUGGGGGCCUUCCACCCUUUGCUCGGCCACCCGUGGCCCGGGGCGCAGCCCUGCGCCGAACGGCGGGCCGCAGCCGCCACGAGCACGCCGCCUAUGGCCCUGGCAGUGACGCCGUGGCGGGAUCCGGAACUUGCGGCCGGCGGGCCGCAGCCGGACCUGGCCCCGCCGCAACCGCCACAGUCCGGCACGCCCUCCAGCUCGGACAAGGGCCAGCAGCAACAGCAGCAGAUCGAGUGCGUGGUCUGCGGGGACAAAUCGUCCGGCAAGCACUAUGGACAGUUCACGUGCGAGGGCUGCAAGUCUUUCUUCAAGCGCAGCGUGCGGCGCAACCUCACGUACACGUGUCGUGGUAACCGCAACUGCCCCAUUGACCAGCACCACCGCAACCAGUGCCAGUACUGCCGCCUAAAGAAGUGUCUCAAGAUGGGCAUGAGAAGAGAGGCGGUCCAGAGGGGGCGGGUCCCCCCGAACCAGCACGGCCUUGCCGGACAGAUCCCGCUGACCAACGGCGACCCCCUGACCAACGGUCACUCCUUCCUCUCGAGCUUCAUAUCUCUGCUGCUGCGGGCCGAGCCCUACCCGCCGUCCCGCUACGCACAGUGCAUGCAACCCAACAACAUCAUGGGCAUCGACAACAUUUGUGAACUUGCAGCGAGGCUGCUCUUCAGUGCUGUGGAGUGGUCCCGCAAUAUCCCUUACUUUCCUGAACUUCAGGUGACCGACCAGGUGGCGCUUCUACGGCUAGUCUGGAGCGAACUUUUCGUGCUGAACGCUUCGCAGUGUUCGAUGCCCCUGCACGUGGCGCCCCUGUUGGCUGCAGCCGGACUUCACGCGUCGCCCAUGGCGGCCGACAGGGUCGUCGCAUUUAUGGACCACAUCAGAAUCUUCCAGGAACAAGUUGAGAAGCUGAAAGCUCUACAUGUAGACGCUGCUGAAUAUAGCUGCCUCAAGGCAAUAGUCCUUUUUACCACCGACGCAUGCGGCCUAUCCGACGUGGUGCACAUCGAGGGCCUUCAAGAGAAAUCCCAGUGCGCCCUGGAAGAGUACUGCCGGACCCAGUACCCCAACCAACCCACCCGGUUCGGCAAGCUGCUGCUUCGGUUGCCCAGCCUGCGGACGGUCAGCUCGCAGGUCAUCGAGCAACUCUUCUUCGUGAGGUUGGUGGGCAAGACGCCCAUCGAGACGCUCAUCCGUGAUAUGCUGCUGAGCGGGAGCUCUUUCAACUGGCCCUACAUGCCGCUGCAGUGA